UCCACGUAGAAUCUGCAGUUGGCCGUGCUCUCUGCGGAGCUUUGUGUUUCUAGCUGUUCUCUGACAAAGAGCUUGUUCUGUGCUGCACAUCUCGUCCUCUUUGUUUGGCCUCUGGCUUCAACCACUGACUCAUAAAUACUCUCCAGCUGGGAAUCAGAAAAGGGCAGAAAUGAAGAACCCAGAAGCCCAACAGGAUGUCUCGCUUUCCCAGGGAGUUCGCAUGAUGUUUUACAUGAUGAAGCCCAAUGAAACGUCAUUCCAAACUUUAGAAGAGGUGCCUGACUAUGUAAAAAAGGCAACUCCAUUUUUCAUUUCCUUGAUGGUGCUUGAACUGGUCGUCAGCUGGAUUCACAGAGGGAAGCCACCAGGUCGUUUGGAUGACGCUUUAACUUCAAUAUCUGCUGGGGUUCUGUCUCGGCUUCCAAAUCUGUUUUUCAGGAGCAUUGAACUGACCACUUACAUUUAUGUCUGGGAGAACUACAGGCUCUUCGACUGGCCUUGGGAUUCUCCAUGGACUUGGUAUUUGGCCUUCUUAGGAGUUGACUUUGGCUACUACUGGUUCCAUCGCAUGGCCCAUGAGAUUAAUUUUAUGUGGGCUGGACACCAAACACAUCAUAGUUCUGAAGACUAUAACUUAUCCACAGCACUGAGACAAUCUGUCUUGCAGAUAUAUACUUCCUGGAUUUUCUACUCUCCCCUGGCCCUCUUCAUACCACCUUCGGUAUAUGCUGUUCAUCUUCAGUUCAAUCUUCUCUACCAAUUUUGGAUCCAUACAGAGGUUAUCACUAACCUUGGUCCUUUGGAACUGAUUCUUAAUACUCCUAGCCAUCAUAGGGUUCAUCAUGGCAGAAAUCGUUACUGCAUAGAUAAAAAUUAUGCUGGUGUUCUUAUUAUUUGGGAUAGAAUUUUUGGAACGUUUGAAGCAGAGAAGGAAAAAGUUGUGUAUGGUCUAACACAUCCCAUUAAUACAUUUGAACCAAUCAAAGUGCAGUUUCAUCAUUUAUUUUACAUAUGGACUACAUUCUGGGACACACCUGGAUUCUUUAAUAAGUUUUCUGUUAUAUUUAAAGGACCAGGAUGGGGUCCAGGUAAACCAAGACUAGGAUUGAGUGAAGAAAUCCCAGAGGUCACCGGGAAAGAAGUUCCUUUCUCAUCGUCUGCGUCUCAACUACUUAAAAUAUACACAGUUGUACAGUUUGCUCUGAUGCUAGCAUUUUAUGAAGACACCUUUGCAAAUACAGCUGAGCUGUCACAAGUAACUCUGCUUCUGAGGGUCUGCUUCGUCAUCCUGACCUUGACUUCCAUUGGGUUUCUUCUCGAUCAAAGACCAGAAGCAGCUCUUAUGGAAACUCUCCGUUGCUUGGUGUUCUUACUGCUGUACAGAUUUGGUCACUUGAAACCUCUUGUCCCUUCCUUGUCAAUGGCUUUUGAGAUACUCUUUUCCACGUGCAUUGCUUUCUGGGGAGUUAGAAGCAUUAAACAACUUACUUCGGGUCCUUGGAAAUAGACUAAGUGUGUAUAUACUUCUCUUGUUUUAAUUAUUUUUUGCACAAUGUAUUACUGGUGGGUAAGGAAACAAAAUGAUCAUACAUAGUGUUUAGAUGAAUGAUUUGUUAAUGAAAAGUCAAUAUACUUCUUUACUCUUGUUUGUUUUUAAUAUUUGUUACUUAUUAUGAUUAAAGUCAGUUGCAAUCACUUUCUCUUAUUGCUAUAGUUGAAAAACAAAGAAUCCAAAAUAUAAAAAUGUUUUAUGUUCAUGUAGCACUUAAGAUAAUAAGAAAAUUGAGGAAGAAAACUUUAAAAAAAAAACAGUAAAAAAAAAAUGACUAUUGCCUUUGCAUUGAUUUGGCAACAUUUCUUUGGAUGUUCCAGAAAAUUGUGCCUAGAUAAAUAUUUGUAGCAAUAAAAAUGUGUUACACUGGUUGUCUGCUUAACACUACUUGUACCUUUGCACACCACAGAAGCUAAGGAACUUCAUUACAGAAAAAGACAUCACUGAAAUGAAAUGAAAUGAAAAUAAAUGGCAUUUGUCAGACCUUGUUUGUUCAACAGGUUUGUGAUACGUAGGUCUCAUAUAUUUGGUCAAUUUAUUUUGGCAGACUGAGGAGCAUGAGAUAAUUCUGUGUUAUUUAAAAUUGUCACAAUGAUGUUAAUAAAACUCUGUAAAUAAUAUUG